AUCUGAUCGUGAACGCAUCACGACUGUCACUCAGUUUUACGCUGGAGUGUGUUACACGCAGCUACAAAACAUGAGCGCUUCUGUUGUGGUGCGGAGGCUAGCCGCUUUGUCGGGUGCCUCUGCGGUGGGACUGGGUGCAUACGGAGCUCACGGUUUCAAAAACCGGGACCCUGAUGAUUACCAGUUUGUGCUUUUUGAAACCGCCAACAAGUACCAUUUCUACCACAGCCUGGCCCUGCUGGGCGCUGCCCACUCCAGCAAACCUGCUGUGGCGGGAACCCUCCUGAUCGCCGGCAUGGGGAUGUUCUGCGGCUCCCUGUACCACCAGGCGCUGACGGGGGACUCGGCUCUGCGCAAAGUGGCUCCCAUGGGCGGCAUGGCCAUGAUCGCAGGAUGGCUCGCCAUAGUUCUCUGAACUGUGACCACGGCUCACGCUUUCCCCACUCUGUGACACUAAACCGUCAGGCUGCAAACAGAUUAAGUGGAGAUCGCGGGGAGAAUUGUCUCAGGGGCGGCGCCACCGAGCCACCCAGCCACCUCUGGGUUGUGGGUGUCAGUGAGAGAUAAGGUCACAAUCAGGUUAUCAUUUCUUGACCAUUCCUGUCAGUGGCUGCUGCCUUUUGAGCUCAACAACGAAGGGAAAGGAAGACCAUGAUGAGUUUUUACUGAUCUUUUGCUGAUUGAAAUGACAAAUUGCUUUAUUUUUACCAUUUAUUGUUACUGCACUAAGUACAUUAAUAUUGUCUGGUAGAUUUGUGCUGUGAAGGCUUGACAGAUGGAGGGAAAUAAAGAAUUGAAUGAGCUUCAAGUUAAAUAAAUCAUGUUUCUUACAUGG